AUGGUUUUGGAAAUAGAGGAAACCUGUACAUCUUGCGUUUGGUAUUGGGUUGUUUUGGUUCCUGUUCGGGAUCAACUGCUGGAAGAUGGAGCGCUGCGAAGAAGAAGGAGGAGGGAGAGUAAGCUUGCGCUUGGCACAGUCGGCUUAGCGCUUGUGACGUCGAGUUUCGACCCUCUCUUUCUAGACGAAGGCAGCAGCCGGAAGACGCGCCGGAUCAGCGUCUGUGACGCUGUGACUCUGGCUUCAUUUGGCUUCAUUGAUGGUGUUGCUGUUCAUCCUGUUGCCAUCACCACGAUCCUCUCCACCCUUGCCUCGACUGACGUAUAG